UCACUCGUCGGUCUUCAUUGCGACCCCCAUAGGAGCCGUGAUUCUCAUGGACCAACUGCAGCCUCAUCGCAACUAAUCAUUAUAAGCUCACCUGCUGUUCUCCCCCUCCAUCUCGCAAGUUGCAAGUCGUAGAGUAGUGUUGGUUUCCAACAGUGUGGAAGUCCAUUCGUACAAAUUCUAGUUUUCAGAAUCGUGGUGUGUGCGUGUGUGUGUGUGGGCAAGUCAGGUAUAGCCGUGGCAGUAACACCAACACUACAUAGUUUACAGUGUGAGAGUCGUGGGAAGUGUGUCGCAACGACGAUGGCAAGUCGAAGGGUCGAGGCGGCGUUUGAUGGACAAGCAGUGGAGCUCGGAGCUACAAUCCCUGCUGCAAAUGGAAAUGGUACUCACCAAAGCAUCAAGGUGCCUGGCCAUCGCCAAGUCACGCCGGGGAAGACUACAAUCAUGGCCAUUGGACGAGCGGUGCCGGCCAAUACUACAUUCAACGAUGGUCUCGCAGAUCACUACAUUCAAGAAUUCAAUCUCCAGGAUCCUGUCCUGCAAGCCAAACUCCGGCGACUCUGUGAGACAACAACAGUGAAAACUCGGUACCUGGUCGUGAACAAAGAAAUUUUGGACGAGCAUCCGGAGUUCCUCGUCGACGGCGCUGCGACAGUGAGUCAACGUCUGGCAAUCACUGGGGAAGCCGUCACGCAGCUGGGACACGAGGCUGCGACGGCUGCAAUUAAGGAGUGGGGCCGCCCCGCAUCCGAGAUUACGCAUCUAGUGUACGUAUCCUCCAGCGAGAUUCGCCUCCCAGGGGGUGAUCUAUAUCUUGCACAGUUGCUUGGUCUUCGGAGCGACGUCAACCGCGUGAUGCUCUACAUGUUGGGAUGCUACGGGGGCGCUUCUGGGAUCCGGGUGGCGAAGGACCUGGCGGAGAACAACCCUGGCAGCCGAGUGCUUCUCAUUACGAGCGAGUGCACCUUGAUCGGGUACAAGUCCCUGAGCCCAGAUCGACCUUACGACCUAGUCGGAGCCGCGUUAUUCGGCGACGGCGCCGCUGCGAUGAUCAUGGGCAAGGAUCCCAUUCCGGUUCUGGAGAGAGCGUUCUUUGAGCUGGACUGGGCGGGGCAGAGCUUCAUACCUGGAACGAACAAGACAAUCGACGGGAGAUUGUCCGAGGAGGGCAUUAGCUUUAAAUUGGGACGAGAGCUGCCGAAACUCAUAGAGAGCAACAUUCAAGGCUUUUGCGAUCCCAUCCUGAAAAGAGCUGGAGGGUUGAAGUAUAAUGAUAUCUUCUGGGCUGUCCAUCCAGGUGGUCCUGCAAUAUUGAACGCUGUGCAGAAGCAACUUGACCUGGCUCCGGAGAAGUUGCAGACAGCGCGACAGGUAUUGAGAGACUACGGGAACAUCAGCAGCAGCACGUGCAUCUACGUGCUGGACUAUAUGCGCCAUCAGAGCUUGAAGCUCAAGGAGGCCAACGACAACGUCAACACUGAACCGGAGUGGGGUCUGCUCCUUGCCUUCGGUCCUGGUGUCACAAUUGAAGGAGCUCUUCUGCGGAAUCUGUGCUAAAGGAUUAUCUGUCGACGCAAGCAUGUAUUAUCUUGCAAACCAUUAAUAUCAUUGUCGCUCUGAAUUGGAGUCAGAUACAAACUCAUGAACUUAUACCCCAUAAAGCUCUAGCGGCCGGAGGUGGGCCAAUAGCGACAAGAAACAGUUAUAUUUACAUUCAAACGGAGACAUAGUUUCAAACUGAGAGAGGGAUCGUAUUAUUCUCAAGGGUUAGACUUCGCGAGUACCUCGAAAAGGUCUUUACAUUCCGAACUGCAAUAUCUACUAAUCUUUCGAUCUCUUGCUUAAUGUCACCCACAUCUACCAUAAGCAGGGUUGUUUUACAAAAUUGUAGCAGACCUCUUGGACUUUCAAUAGAUCUCCUCAAGUCAAAUCUUUCAAUGUUUUCAAACAAACCAACUCUAUGUGAAGUGCAUAAUAUUGAAAACAAGCUCUUUAAUCUCGUUAAUUGUCCAA